AUGAAUUCCCUUCUCAUGCUUCUCCCUCGAAACAAACUCGAUAGAUUCGCGGAUUGCACAGUCGACACAUGUCCGAUCUCUACAUCCUACUAUUUCUAUCGUGUAUCGAUCGGCGCAAACGCCGCUUUCCUCGCUCUUUUUAGCAUUUCAUUCCUUGGAUUUGUCUUUACAUAUGCGUUCACUCGUCGCGCAACCGCCUUCACAUUCGCUAUGUGUGCCGGUGUUAUACUUGAAAUAAUCGGCUAUGCGGGUCGUAUAAUGAGUUGGGAGAAUCAAUGGAAACAAGAUGGAUUUUUAAUGCAGAUUGUUUGCUUAACUAUCGCACCGGCUUUUAUGGCGGGAGGAAUCUAUUUGUGCUUGAGAAGAAUCGUAUACGCUUUCGGACCGGAAAAUUCAAGGAUUAGUCCUGAAGCUUAUACCAGAAUUUUCAUUCCAUGUGAUCUCAUGUCACUCCUCCUGCAAGCUGCAGGUGGUGGUUUGGCAUCCGCAGCCUCACACUCAGGCAAAUCCCCAGAUACUGGUGAUAACAUUAUGGUAGCUGGUCUCGCGUUCCAGGUUUUCACGCUAUUCAUUUUCAUGAUCCUCUGCGUCGACUUUGCAUUACGCACACGUUCCCGAUACCGCUCCCUCGGUAACGCUGCGUUCGAUCAGAACCCCGCUUUCAUAACACUUCGCUCUUCUAAAGGCUUUAAAGGGUUUUUACUCGCUCUUGCCCUUGCUACGAUUUGUAUCUUCUGGAGAUCUGUGUACAGAGUGGCGGAAUUGGCAGAAGGAUGGACUGGAAAUCUGAUCAAGAAACAAAAUCUCUUUAUCGGAUUUGAAGGAGUCAUGGUUAUUGUGGCUUGUUUCGCGCUAAACUUGUUCAACCCUGCUGUUACCUUCAAGGAAGCAAUGACUGGGUUGGGUGGCUUAGGUACGAAGAAGAAGAUGAAGAAGUCAGGAGAAAAGACUAGCGAUGGGGUCAGUGCCAGUAACAGCGAUCUUGAGGCUGUUAAGGUAGCUCCUGUUUAG